AUGAACAACAACUUUGUUUUUUCUCAUGUGCUCUUCUGUGGUAUUUAGUGUAAUAUCAAAGAACACGGUAAACAAGUAGUUUCCCUUCAGCUCUCCAGUUUCCUAUCAUGACAAGCUGCCUUCUCCACCACCACCUAACUCACCCUGUGUGGGAGGGCGGUCCAUGAUGAUGAGCCUGCUAGCCGUGUGGAGCUAGUGUGCUACCAAACUGUGCGGUGUAUUUUCGGGACAGCACGAUGAAGAACAUCAUGAAGUAUUGUAUACAUAUUCCACUACAGCAUAUUGACAACAUUACCGACAGCUAGGGGCGUCUUUUCUCCACUGUAGCGGGUCUGUCCCGACCACCAGUAUCAUUGGAUGGACUAACGUUGACCUAGCACCGCUGCUUGAGACUUCCCGAGCGGGCACGAAUGGGAUUUACUCGGCUAGCCGCUGCUAAUGAUUGUGCUGGUUGAGUAGCUUCGAGGCUAACCGGUUGGCGCUAGCUAUCUGACACAGUUGGUUAACAUAGCUCAUCAGAUAAUUACCAGGCUCUGAAAAGGCCGGAUUUGCAGGCACGACCAUGCCUCCCAGGCCCUCCUCAGGAGAACUAUGGGGGAUGCACUUGAUGCCCCCCAGCAUCCUAGUGGACUGCCUUCUGCCAAAUGGCAUGAUUCUCACGUUGGAGUGCCUCCGGGAGGCCACACUCAUCACAGUCAAGCAUGAGCUUUUCAAAGAGGCCAGGAAGUACCCUCUUUACCAUCUGCUGCAGGAGGAGAGCUCCUACAUCUUUGUCAGUGUGACCCAAGAGGCAGAGCGGGAGGAGUUUUACGAUGAGACCAGGAGGUUGUGCGAUCUCAGGCUCUUCCAGGCCUUCCUCAAAGUCAUUGAGCCAGUAGGCAACAGAGAAGAGAAAAUUCUUAACAGAGAGAUAGGUUUUGCUAUUGGAAUGCCUAUUUGUGAGUUUGAUUUGGUGAAAGACCCAGAAGUGCAGGACUUCAGAAGGAACAUUUUAAAUGUUUGCAAAGAGGCUGUGGACCUCAGAGACAGUAAUGGACCCCACAGUAGAGCUUUGUACGUAUAUCCUCCCAGUGUAGAGUCAUGUGCAGAACUUCCCAGGCACAUCUAUAACAAGCUAGAUAAAGGUCAAAUCAUUGUGGUCAUUUGGGUUAUUGUGUCACCCAGCAAUGAUAAACAGAAAUACACCCUGAAGAUCAACCAUGACUACGUGCCAGAGCAGGUGAUUGCCGAAGCCAUCCGUAAGAAGACACGUAGUAUGCUGCUCUCCCAGGAGCAGUUAAAGAUGUGUGUGCAGGAGUAUCAGGGAAAGUACAUCCUCAAAGUCUGCGGCUGUGACGAGUACUUACUGGAGAAAUACCCUCUGAGUCAGUACAAGUACGUGCGCAGCUGUAUAAUGCUGGGACGGAUGCCCAACUUGAUGCUAAUGGCAAAAGACAGCCUGUAUUCCCAGCUGCCCAUAGACAACUUCACCAUGCCAUCUUAUGCAAGGCGAAUAUCCACAGCAACCCCCUACAUGAAUGGGGAAACAGCCACAAAGUCUCUAUGGACUAUCAACGGAACGCUGAGGAUCAGGAUACUAUGCGCCACUUACGUCAAUGUUAACAUCAGAGACAUUGACAAGAUCUACGUCAGGACUGGGAUAUACCAUGGUGGAGAGCAGUUAUGUGACAAUGUCAACACCCAGCGUGUGCCCUGCUCAAACCCCAGGUGGAAUGAGUGGCUGAACUACGACAUGUACAUUCCAGACAUCCCCCGUGCUGCCCGACUCUGCCUCUCCAUCUGCUCUGUGAAAGGGAGGAAGGGAGCUAAAGAGGAGCACUGUCCCCUCGCCUGGGGCAACAUCAACCUGUUUGACUACACCCACACACUAGUAGCAGGGAAGAUGGCUCUCAACCUGUGGCCUGUCCCACAUGGCCUGGAAGAUCUGCUCAACCCUAUUGGCGUCACAGGCUCGAACCCCAACAAGGAAACCCCUUGCCUGGAGCUGGAGUUUGACCAUUUCAGUUGCCCUGUCAAGUAUCCUGAUAUGACCAUUAUUGAGGACCAUGCAAACUGGAAUAUAUCCAGAGAGCUUGGCUUUAAUUACUGCCACACCGGUUUGAGUAACAGGCUGGCACGUGACAACCCCCUGACUGACAGCGACAAUGAUCAACUGCGGCAGGUGUGCAACAGAGAUCCGUUGUCUGAAAUCACUGAGCAGGAGAAAGACUUUCUGUGGAGGCACAGACAAGACUGUGUCAAUAUGCCAGAGAUCCUUCCUAAAAUCCUCCUGGCUGUGAAAUGGAACUCCAGAGAUGAGAUUGCACAGAUGUAUUGCCUUCUGAAGGACUGGCCUGCUAUCAAGCCAGAACAAGCCAUGGAGUUGCUGGACUGUAACUUCCCUGAUCCUAUGAUCAGAGAGUUUGCUGUGAAGUGCCUUGAGAAAUACCUAACUGAUGACAAACUCUCACAGUACCUCAUUCAACUGGUUCAGGUUCUGAAGUAUGAGCAGUACCUUGAUAACCCACUUGCACGCUUCCUGCUGAAAAAAGCAUUAACCAAUCAGAGGAUAGGACAUUUCUUCUUCUGGCAUUUAAAGUCAGAGAUGCACAACAAGACAGUGAGUCAGCGGUUUGGCCUACUGCUGGAGUCAUACUGCCGGGCCUGUGGCAUGUAUCUGAAGCACCUGAGCAGGCAGGUGGAGGCCAUGGAGAAACUCAUCAAUCUCACCGACCUCCUCAAACAGGAGAAAAAAGAUGAGGCACAGAAGGUUCAAAUGAAGUUUCUGGUGGAGCAGAUGAGAAGACCUGAUUACAUGGACGCCCUGCAGAGCUUCACCUCCCCACUGAAUCCAGCACAUCAGCUGGGAAACCUCCGCCUGGAGGAAUGCAGGAUGAUGUCAUCAGCAAAGCGACCUCUAUGGCUUAACUGGGAAAACCCAGAUAUGAUGUCAGAGCUGCUCUUUCAGAACAACGAAAUCAUCUUCAAAAAUGGAGAUGAUCUGAGGCAAGACAUGCUGACGCUGCAGAUCAUUAGGAUAAUGGAGAACAUCUGGCAGAACCAAGGCCUUGAUCUCAGGAUGCUGCCGUAUGGUUGUCUGUCAAUUGGUGACUGUGUGGGUUUGAUUGAGGUGGUGAGGAACUCGCACACAAUCAUGCAGAUCCAGUGUAAAGGAGGCCUAAAGGGGGCACUGCAGUUCAACAGCCACACACUGCAUCAGUGGCUCAAGGAUAAGAACAAGGGGGAGAUGUAUGACCAGGCCAUAGAUCUGUUCACGCGGUCAUGCGCAGGCUACUGUGUUGCCACAUUUAUCCUGGGCAUAGGGGACAGACACAACAGCAACAUUAUGGUCAAAGAUGAUGGACAGCUGUUCCACAUAGACUUUGGCCAUUUCCUCGACCACAAAAAGAAGAAGUUUGGGUACAAGAGAGAACGCGUACCCUUUGUGCUCACACAGGACUUUUUGAUCGUUAUCAGCAAAGGAACUCAGGAGUGCACCAAAACAAGGGAGUUUGAAAGGUUCCAGGAGAUGUGUUAUAAGGCAUACCUGGCAAUCCGGCAGCAUGCCAACCUCUUCAUCAACCUCUUCUCCAUGAUGCUGGGCUCGGGGAUGCCCGAGCUGCAGUCAUUUGAUGACAUCGCUUACAUCAGAAAGACCCUGGCCUUGGACAAGUCAGAGCAGGAGGCCCUGGACUACUUCAUGAAGCAGAUGAACGAUGCUCACCAUGGCGGCUGGACUACCAAGAUGGACUGGAUCUUCCACACAAUCCGCCAGCAUGCCAUGAACUGAAAUGACAGCUAAAGAGAGGACUAAAGGACUGUGGCAACAACAGGACACUAAGAACCAAAAGAAAAGUGAGAAGGGAGCGAGGUAUUUUCCCAAACACACUAAGGCUUGGUUAAUUCUUCUGCCAGCAUGUGACUCUGAAACAUUACCUGCCAGUGCACCACACAGAAGGUCCUGUUGCAGGGACAUAAUGCCUAAAUGCUCUAAAUGUCUUCUCCCUGCACUAUGAACUUAAGAAGGCAGGGUGGAGUUAUAUUUCGUCAGUCUUCUUCAUAGGAAAUUAACAAGUGUAAUGGACCUCAACAACGUUGGCCUUCUUCAAGUAGACACAUUUUUAUUUUUCAUUGUUUUUUUUAAAUUUCCUUUCACUAAAUGUUCAACCAUUAGCAUUAAGAAAGGAGCAUCAUGAAAUGGUAUAAUAUGAGCACCGCUUGCUUUUUCUAAUGAUAAACUGACAGAGUGUAACUACAUUAUUUCCACUACCUAUGUUCAACUGAUAUAUAAAUAUAUAUCGGCACAAUCACGCAGCCAGGCCAGCUGAGACAAAAUGAAAGGGACAAUGGUAAGCCUGGCGGGUGACCACAAAAUCAGUCAUAAGUAAAACAAAAAAAUCACUUACAUAAUUAGUUCAGUACUGACAGAUGACGUGUUGUUUAACACUUAGUUAGCAUUUAACUCUUUUGGAGCAACUUAAAUAACGAUUUAGCCUACAGUCGACUUGUCCUCAGUUUGGAACCCAUGUCACGACAGAGAACUGACUUUUGUACAGCAGUAUAUCCAUAGACUUGUAUGCAUUCAGUGCACAUAGUCUAUUUUCCACUGAGCCAAAGUACUAGAUGUUUAACCCCACUACUUAGCAGUCUUAUUGUAAAAAGUAGUCACUACUAUUCCAAGUCUGGUGUGUACUCAUAGCACUGAUCUCUGCAGUAUUUGUUUUUUGUUUUGUCUAUCAGUAUUAUUCUGUCAAAUGUUGAGGUGCAAAUGUCCAUCUACCCCCACGCAUGUUGACCACAGAUGGACUGGAGAAAACCUUUCUGAUGGUCAGCUGUUGAUGUAAGAUGUUAUGAAUUAGUCUUUGUUAUUCAACAGAUAAAGGCAAGAAACGCAGGGGAGAAAGGAUGUGCACUUUUGUGUGCUGUGCUGUUACACUAUGCAAGUUGUGAUCCUAAUAUGUACUGUAUACUGCAAAAAAAAAGUUGAUGUCAGAGUGAGGCAGAGAGAGAAAUGCAUCUCCCCCGACAUGCUCGCACAGAGCAGUGGACUUUUCACAGACAGUACAUGGAAGAGGGAAAAAAAAAAUGCUGCACUGUAACAGAAUCGUCUACUUCUUCCCAACAAAAAGAACUGUGAGAAACGCCUUCGGACCCUGCCUUUUGCUUCUCCUUGCCAGAUUUAUAUUUGGAGCUACAAUCUAAGCCAUCUGUAAAAUGUUUAGAAUUUUGCUUCUGUCUUCUCGCUCUUGAUCACACGUUUUACAGACAGUAGAUGGACUCUGUCCUCAAAUAUGGUCGCCGAUUGUGACAUCCAGGUAAAGAAAAAGAAAAAUAGUAACAGAAGUAAGUUUUUUUUGUUUGUUUGUUUGUUUGUUUUUGUUGUUUUUUUUUACCUUCCAAGUGUCUUCUUCCCUCUUCUUUUCCUAUGAUUGUCACCCUUAUGUGUGAAAGAGUAGUCUUCGCAGGUUUGUUCACUGAACAGACUCAUAUGUAAGAGGUCAGUAAAUAUUCUAGCUUUAUCAAAUAAUACACAACAGGGCGGUUUCCUGAACACUCAAGUCUGUCUCAAAGUCCAGUUUUUGUUUUCUGUACAUGGGACUUAAAAAUGCUCAGGAAACCGAUCCUACUGAGAUUCAUGUGCUUCUGUACAGGCUACAGAGCAGCGGGCCGGACCCAAACUGAGAAAACUAGACCCCAUAUACUUUAUAAAGAACUAUCUAAAUGACGCUAUUUCCAUUUGUACUUGUGAAAACAUGAUUGUUUUCUGUUUCUCACACUGCAUUAUGCACGAGGUCCUCGAAUAUCUACUUUUUUUGUUUGUUUGUUUGAGCUGAUGUUGUUUACUUGAAUUUCAUGUAUAAAAAUUACCUUGUUACCUUGUCUGAGGUACAACAAAGUCACAAUGAAGGUAACAGAUACUGAUAACUGCUACUACAUGUGCAAAUGCUUUCCUUAAUAACUACAGAGGUAAUAUAUUUUUGUAUUUUUAAAUGUAAGCAAACUCAUAUAUGUAACUGUUAACCAAAAAGAGAAAAAAAGAAAGGAGGAAUCAUGCAUAAUGUGCACCACCCUCAUUCAAAACCCAGUAGACAGCUUCUAGUUGUUGAAAUGAUAUGAAUGACAAAGCAGAGGUGAAUUGUUGAAUGAAGGACAAGUACUUGAUGCUAUUGUCAGAGGACGAUUUUCACGUCUAGUGAAGAUCUCUUAUCCUAAGUAGAAGUCUGUAAGCACAAUAAGGAGUAAGAAGCUACCCUGCAUGUUUUAAAAAGAACCAGACUCCUAUGUUAUAUAUCCAUCUGUAUAUAUAUAUCAUAAAACCUCUUCAAAUACUUGUUUUAGGCAUUCUCAUAUGACCAUGUCUGAUAAGAAAUUGUAUGCAUUCAUUUAUUGUACUGUUGAAUAAAAACAAUUCUACCUAUCUGAA